AUGAUCUUCCUUCUAGCAACUCUCGCACUCGCAAGUGCAGCGGACCCUCUCAGGAAUGCUCUGCAGUCCCCAGCAGGAAUGGCCAAACUCUUUAACCACUUCGAGUCAGAGCAAGGAAGAGUUUACGACUCUAACGAAGCUAAGCUGAGAUUCAGACUGUUCCGGAAGAACGUACAGGAGGUUGUAGAAACCAACGAGCAGGAUCUGGGAUGGACUGCUGGACUAAACUUCUUCUCUGACCUCACUGAGGAUGAGAAGAAACAAUACCUGGGAUUCAACUCUUCCAUGGAACACCCUGUUGGAGCACAACUUCCUCCCUCUGAUGCACCCUUGGCUGGGCCUAUUGAUUGGAGGCAGAAAGGAGGUGUCACUGGAGUGAAGAACCAAGGAAGCUGUGGAUCUUGCUGGACAUUCGGUGCUGUGGGCAGUAUUGAAGGAGUCCACAAGAAAGAAACCGGAUCACUGGUAACCUUCGCUGAGCAGGAACUUCUGGAUUGCGUCUACGAGGGCAAACGAGAUGGAUGCCAAGGUGGAUGGAUGCAGGACUGCUUUACUUUAAUGCAGAAAACCCAGCGUCUGGCCCCUUCCAGUGCAGUCAGCUACAGAGGUAGAGAUGGAUCCUGCAACUACGGAGGAAAAGCUAACGGUUUGAAGGCUAAAGUGACAGGACAAUAUGCUGUUCCAGCAUCCGAGUCCGGUCACAUGAGUGGACUAACCCGAGGACCUAUUGCUGUCGCUUUCGAAGUGACAAGUGCUUGCCAACAGUACCGAAGUGGAGUUCUCAAGGACAAUAGCUGCAGAGGGCAAGCCAACCACGCCGUUACAAUGGUCGGAUUCAACAGCGAAAAGUUUAUGAUUAAAAACAGCUGGGGAGCUAGUUGGGGAAGCAGCGGCUACGUCUACAUGGCAAGAAACCAUGACAAUUGCAGUCUGUACAAACACUCUGCUAUUAUCACCUUGAGUGGUUCCGGUCCAGACCCCAAACCAACUGACGCUCCUAAACCCGAUCCUACUGAUGGCCCCAACCCUACAGAUGGCCCCAACCCUACAGAUGGCCCUGAUCCCGAAUGCAAAGAUAUAGCUGCCACUCGUCAGUGCCAAAUUCAGAAAGAUUGGAUUUGCAAAUACCAGGAAAAACUCUGUAUGAAGACCUGCGGCAAAUGCUAA